CAGCCCUCCAACGUACCUCACGGCGGCUGCGCCAUCCUUUCUCCCUUUGUGCUCUGCCGUCGACAGCACCCCGCGCGUCACCAACCGCACACGUCUAACCUUGCGUCGUCGACGCUCGUCGUUCGUUCGCUUCCCACGUCCGGCACUGGCCCGGUGUCAGCUCCGGUCCCAGACUGCCGCUGCACCCACCUGAUCGACUCGACAUCCACGUUUGGCAGCCUCACGAGGCCUGCCACCUGGCGAGGAUAGAAACCGCCCGCACAGCAUAUCACUAUGCCUGCUCCUCCUCCGCCGCCGCCGCCUCCUCCACCUCCAGGCGUUGGCGGACCGCCUCCUCCCCCGCCACCCCCUCCUGGGGGAGCUGGACCGCCGCGACCACCACCUGGCGGAGGCAACAGAAAUGCGCUGCUGGCAGACAUCUCCAAGGGCAAGGCCCUCAAGAAGGCAGUCACCAAUGACCGCUCGGCGCCCGCUCUAGCCAAGGACAACUCCUCCUCGUCCGGGCCGCCGGUAGGAGGUGCGCCCCCGAUCCCCGGCGGCCUUGCCCCUCCGGUCCCUGGGAACCGCGCCAGAAGCAACAGUGAUCAAGGCUCCGGGCACGCCGCCGCCGCCGCGGCGUCAAUGGACUCGGCGCCGCAGCUGGGCGGACUGUUUGCCGGCGGUAUGCCGAAACUCAAGAAGCGCAGCGGAGGCGUCGAUACCGGAGCGAACAACGAUUCCACGUAUCUUUCGGACCCAGGGGAGUCUGCUCAUCCCGUGCCGAAGCCGCCGGGAGUAUCUGCGCCGAGACCGCCCGCCGCCGCGGCUCCAGCCAUCCCUGGACGGGGACUGCCAAUUCCACGACCAGGAGGCGCCAACAACCUGAGGAAAGUGAGCGCGCCGGCAAAGGGGCCUCCGCCGCCGAUAGGGAAGAAGCCGCCUCCCCUGCCUACGUCUCGGAAACCGUCGUCAGUAGCCAAACUGCCUUCGACCCCGGCGCCGCCGCCGCCGCCGCCUCCACCACCCGCAGCGUCCGCGCCAACACCUGCAGCACCACCGCCCCCUCCUCCGCCAUCAAGUGCCCCGAGCCUGCCUGCGGCGCCGCCGCCUCCUCCUCCUUCGGCAGCUCCUCCACGCCCGAACCUAUCGCCCGCUCCGCGAGCACAGCCUCCGCCUCCGCCUCCUCCGCCGCCUCCGGCUUCUAAUGCAGCAUCAGCCCCAUCUCUGGCCGUGCAAGCUGCUAUUCGGGCAGCGGAGCACUCCUCUCCAAGUGCCCCGCCUCCUCCUCCGCCUCCCAACGCGGCGCCAACACCUCCGACGCCGGCGUCACCGCCUCCGCCGCCAGUGUCACGAACCCGAGGAUCGUCUCUCCGGCAGUCGAUGCUGGACCCGAGCGCUUUCACCUUGUCUUCCAACGGCGCCAAGUCGCCGAGUCCGAGCCGACAGCCAUCGCACUCUCCAACUAUGAGCGGCGGCGGCUAUGGCGGCGGCGGCGGCGAACGUUUCAUUGUCAACGACUCACGGUGGCAAUUCAAGUCUGAGAGCUUGUUUCCCAAGCCGCGGGACUUUGUUGGUGGUCCAAAGAAGUAUCGUGCCGGCAGGGGAAGCAGCGUGCCGUUGGAUCUACAUGCGCUGUAAGAGUCGAAGUGAGAGCGUACAGCGUCUCGGGAAUAGGUGUAUAGCCCUGCCAUGCCCCAGGGCUCUUAGUUAAAUGAAAGGCAUAUCUAUGUAUGCGCUCCCGUACAGAUUUCUUGGGUACCCAGAACCAGGUCAUGUGCUGUGAACCGACUUCAAGAGUCAUGUAAAGCAAUUACAAAUAAUGUGUGUUAUAG